UGCGCAUGCGUUGAGCGCCGCCACGCCUGGUCUUGGGCGGUAGACUAAAGCGGGUCUUGCUUAGUAGAGCGGGCACAUCUUGGAGCUCGCGUCUCCUGCGGCGUCGCGGUCCCUGGUGAGCCUGUAGCGGGCCAGUGCCAUGAUCCGACAAGAACUCUCCACGUCCUACCAGGAGCUCAGCGAGGAGUUGGAGCAGGUGGUUGAGAACUCGGAGCAGGCAGACGAACGAGACAAGGAGCUGGUCCAGGUUCAAGGUCCAGGUGUCGUGCCAGGCGUGGACAACGAGUCCGCCUCCAGCAGCAUCCGCUUCAGCAAGGCCUGCCUGAAGAAUGUCUUCUCGGUCCUGCUCAUCCUCAUCUACCUGUUGCUCAUGGCGGUGGCCGUCUUCCUGGUCUACCAGACCAUCACGGACUUCCGGGAAAAGCUCAAGCACCCUGUCAUGUCCGUGUCUUACAAGGAGGUGGAUCGCUACGACGCUCCAGGGAUUGCCUUUUACCCUGGUCAGGCUCAGCUGCUCAGCUGUAAGCACCACUAUGAGGUUAUUCCACCUCUUGCCAGCCCUGGCCAGCCGGGAGACAGGAACUGCACCACUCAGAGGAUCAAUUACACCCACCCCUUCUUCAACCACACCAUGCAGUCAGCCCUGAUUGUUCAGGGGCCCCAGGAAGUGAAGAAGCGGGAGCUGGUGUUCCUCCAGUUCCGGCUGAACCAGAGCAAUGAGGACUUCAGUGCCAUAGACUACCUCCUCUUCUCUUCUUUUCGGGAGUUCAUGCAAAGCCCGGACAAGGCGGGCUUCAUGCAGGCCUGUGAGAGUGCUUACUCCAGUUGGAAGUUCUCUGGAGGCUUCCGCACCUGGGUCAAGAUGUCACUGGUGAAGACCAAAGAAGAGGACGGGCGAGAAGCUGUUGAGUUCCGACAAGAGACCAGCGUGGUUAACUAUAUUGACCAGAGGCCCGCAGCCGAGAAGAGUACGCAGUUGUUCUUUGUGGUCUUCGAAUGGAAAGAUCCCUUCAUCCAGAAGGUCCAGGAUAUAAUCACAGCCAAUCCUUGGAACACCAUCGCCCUGCUCUGCGGGGCUUUCCUGGCGUUGUUUAAAGCAGCAGAGUUUGCCAAACUAAGCGUGAAAUGGAUGAUCAAAAUCAGGAAACGAUACCUUAAACGGAGAGGCCAGGCGACAAACCACAUAAGCUGAAGCGCCCGUGCCACGGCACUCCGACAGAGCGAGACACCAGCAAUCCUGAACUCACUUGAAGGGACCUUGCAGGGAAGGACAGCCCCGUCCAUCGCACUGGAGGUUCAAACCCGGCCCGGGAGGGAAACACCCAGUGAAUAACCUGAAACUUAUUUAAGUACUUAAAUUAUUAACGGACAUCUUGCAGAGCUGCCUAGUGCCUUGGAGAGGUUCGCAGAAGGCGGCUUCCUCCUAUUUGGUCAUUAAAUAGUUAAGCUCCAGGUUAAAGCUGCUUCUUUGCCUUAGAACUUUUUCUUUAAAGUGGACUGAUGUGCCCUGUAUACAGAAUUCCUUUUAUACCAUCUACUGUUACUUAACAAGAACUCGUUAGAGCCUA